GUAUCGGAUGAAAGCGGGCCGAUUAUGUGUCCUGAUCUUCAGUUUGAUCAGUAUCUGUGAACUGGGCUCAGGAAAUGAACUCCUUUACCAUGAAUAUGCAGUUAAUCCUGUCGGAGCUAUCCAACGAAACUUUGAGGUCAAAAAAGCUAUAGCACCAUUUUUAACUUCUACAGACUUUUUGGAAUGGACGGAUCAUUUAAAUACUCACUCACUCCUGAAAUUAGCAAACCAAUUUCAGUUUAACACCACCAACACUACACAGCAGGGAGGCGUUCAGAAUUCCCUCAGCAGUGCAAUCCAGAGCCUUCUAUCAGGACUUUCCAAUAACAGCGCCAUACAGACGAACAAUGGCACACAGAACAUCUCUCAACUGAUCAACAGCCUCCUGGGAUCUCUGUCGCUCAAUGGAAACUCGUCUCAACCGAGCAAUGGUUCCCAAAGUACUUCUUCAGAUAACGGUCUUGGAAACACAAUCCAGAAUAUACUUCAAAACCCUGACUCGAUUGGAAAAUUUAUAACACAGAUGCUGGAAAGCAUUGGUAUUGGUGGCUCUUUAGGAAAUGCGUCUCAGUCAAACAGUGGUUCCCCAAGCAACUCUCUAGUUGAUGGUCUUGGAAAAAACAUACAGAAUAUUAUUCAAAAUCCGGACAAGAUAGGAAAAAUUAUUUCACAGUUGACGGAAAGCGGUGGUACUGGAGUCUCCUCAGGAAUAGACGGUGCAGACAUCUUAAAGCUUCUCACGACAGGUAAUGUGGACCCAAACAGUGCAGGACAGAUGUUCAUGCUGUACCUAAAUGGCAUGAUGAAAUCCUCAAAUGCUUCUUUGACUUGUCAGAGUGACCUCCUCAAAGUGAUCUCUGGUCUGCAGGCGCGGGAACCAUGGGCACUGAAAAUGUUGGACGCAUCAGCAAAGAUUCCCACAGGUGUUAUGAACCUGGACCUGAACUGGUACGGAUCUUAUGACGAGUGUUACAGUGACAGUACGGUAGUGGGCUCAAUGGGAUUCCUACCAAGCAAGCAAUCUCCUGUUAAAGGACAUUACUGUACCGUGUCUCUGAAUCUGCCACUGCCCCCAGAUGUCAAAAUGUUUCUGGCAGCACUACAAAAUCCAGGUGCCAUCAGGGCUGGAAUGUGCUUCCCUAAGUCCUGCAGUACUGACGAUCUCUUCCGAGCUGUAAAUACCUUUCUGUACGCCAUACCUCUUGGAGAAUCACGAGUCACAGCCUAUCCUAUAACUUGCCCUACUCCAGCUGAAGAUGACACUUUGGAGACCAGUGCUAUAGUAGUCGUUGUCAUUCUUGUAAUCUUUCUACUCCUCAUCUUGGUGGGAACUCUGUAUGACGUCAUCAUGAUGAUAAAGAGUCGGCGUAAGAAGGUGGCUUAUGAGAAAAAAACCGAGGAGAGCAAUGGUUUUACUUCCCCUGACAGUAGCUCCAAACUGAGAGCUGAAUUCGGAGAAAUCCAACGUCCUAAACCGGAGGAGAAAAAAAGUGAACCAGGUGUUUUCGGUAAAAUGAUGUUGUCCUUCAGUGCCUACACCAAUGGCAAGAAGAUAUUGGGCACGUCUCAACCAAAAGGAAGUCUGACGGCCAUCAAUGGAAUCCGAUUCCUCAGUAUGAGUUGGGUCAUUCUGGGGCACACCUUAGUUUUCAUACUGGGAAAUACUUCCAACACGCUGGUAUACUAUUCCGAUUUCAUGGGUCGUGUGUCGUCCCAAGUGAUCUUCAAUGCCUUGGUGUCCGUAGAUACAUUUUUCGUUCUCAGUGGAUUGUUGACAUCUUAUCUGCUGCUGAAGCAAAUGAGCAAAACUAAGGGGCGCAUCAAUUGGUUCCUUUUCUUUUUCCAUCGAUUUUGGAGAUUGACCCCCGUUUACAUGAUGGUGAUCGGUAUGUAUGUGACUAUUUAUCCUCACUUGAUAUUUGGCCCUAACAAACCAACACCUGACGAGACAUGUAAAAGAGCCUGGUGGAAAAACCUUCUCUACAUUGAUAACUUUUUUGGAGCCAAAGACUUGUGUUUAGGUUGGUCAUGGUAUCUGAAUAAUGACAUGCAGUUCUACGUGUUAAGUCCACUUAUGAUCGUACCGUUAUUCUUCAACAAGAUUGCUGGGGCUGUUGUAACCUUUGUUUUCCUCCUGGCUGCGACCAUCACCCCAGGUGUACUAAGCUACGUGAAAAAUCUUCCAGUCCACACUAUUGGUGGCGGUCCCAAGGACGCUGAUAGAGGCGCUUUCUUUGAGGACUAUUAUAUAGUACCAUAUUGUCGUAUGGGACCAUACAUUUGCGGUGUUAUAACAGGCUACAUACUCUAUAAAACCAAGUGCAAAUGCCGAAUAAAUAUCUUCCUGAAUCUGUUGGGAUGGGUCGUAGCCACAGCCUCUGCCUGUGCCGUUCUGUAUGGUAUUUACGACACGGUAAAACCAGUUCAACCGGUGGCACUGUCCAAAGAGGUCGCUGCCCUGUACAACGCCCUCAACAGAACUGUGUGGGGAGCUGCUGUGUGCUGGGUCAUCUUCGCAUGCGCAACCGGCAAUGGAGGGUACAUCAACACAUUGCUAUCAUGGAAAGCGUUCGUGCCUCUUUCUCGACUGACAUACUGCGCCUAUUUGAUCCACCCCCUGGUUAUGUACGUGUACUAUCUCAACAGAAAUUUCCCCUUCUAUCUUACUGAUCUGGACAUGGUCUACACCUUCCUUGCAAAUCUCAUGGUAUCCUACGGAGUGGCUUUCAUCCUCUCGAUCGCGUUCGAAUCGCCGUUUAUGGGACUCGAAAAAGUCAUGUUUGGAGGUCGUGGUAAAAAGGAAGCCAAGUGAAAAUAAACAAAAAAAGAAAGAUAUGAAACGUUUCCACCCAAACUUGGAUUUUCUGAGGGUUUUUAUACAUGAAAUGUGGAUCGUUUAAAAUAGAAAAUGGUUGAUAUGCAAUCAAAACAAACUUCAGUUAGAAUUCAAAAUUAAUUGCUUUUAUAAUAUUUUUUAAUACAAAAUAUAAGAAAAUAAAC